GCUUUCCACUCUCUCAACGGGAGGUGGGGCUUUUUAGUGAAAACUUAUUCUUCCCCGCUGCACAAAGACCAGUGUGCAGUCGCAGUCUCCUCCACGCUGUGAGUGCGCAGCGCCCGCACAGAUCUAUUAUAUUUGGAACUUGAGCCCACAUUGCAUGAACCUGCAUACCUUUACUACUCUUUUCUCGGCCGUCAACGACCCUCAGUGUUCAGCUGUGGCUGUUUUCCAGCAGAUACUCCAACCCCGAAAACCGUCGGGACCAGUGAAGAGAGAAGCUGCGGGAGUGGUCUGGAAACUUUUGCCAUUAUGAGCACGCGAACGAUCAACCUUGAUACCUACAGCCUGUCACUGCUCACGGCUAAAGAGGACAUCCUCAACCCCCGUUCCUCCACCAACUGGGCAAUAUUCACAUAUGAUGGAGUCACCAACAAGCUCAAACUGGCAGACUCAGGAGCAGGUGGUGUGGCAGAGCUGGCAGGGAAGUUUCACAUCUCCAAGCCUCAAUAUGGACUGUGCAAAGUGGGAAGUAUGGAGACAGGAGGCCCUCGGAUUACUAUGAUCAGCUGGGUUGGCCAAAAUGUGGAUGAUUACCGAAGGACAGAAUGUGCCAGCCACCUUCCAGCCAUCAAAAACUUCUUCAAGGAAGCACAUGCAUUCAUUAGUGCAGAGAAGAUGGAGGAUGUGACAGAGGAGAAGAUAAGAGCAGAGCUCAGCAAGGCCCAGACCCAGGCCCAUACUCCUACACAGUGGGUGAGAAGGAGCUCCAAGUCUGCAGACAAAGAGGAAUUAGUGGGUACAAACUACAGAAAAACCAAUGCUGCAAUGGAGAUGAGAUUAAUAAACAGAGACUCCUUCUGGGCACGUGCAGAGCAAGAAGAGGAAGAUAGGAAAGAAGAGGAGAAGAGACGGGCAACAGAGGAGAGACGCCGACUUGAAAGAGAAAGAAUUUUAAAGGAACGGAGGGAUGCAGAAGAGAGAGACAGAAAGAUGAACGAGAAGCUACAGAUGAUUGAGGAGCAGAGAAGAAAACAGGCAGAACAAGAAGAAGAGCUGCGCAGAAAGGAGAAAUUUAGAUGGGAGCAGCAGCAGAGGGAGCAUGAGGAACAUAUGAGGGCUCGACUUAGAAGGAGUGAGUCCAUAGAAAAAGCAGCAGAGGCAGCAGCAUUAGUGUCCCAACGCUCCAUGAACCCUCGGGAGUUCUUCAGGCAGCUGUCAUCAUCAUCACAAAGUCCCACUAGCCCUGGGUCCUCCCGCACUGGCAAACCAUUCAGACGAUACCAGCGCAGCCUGACAGACACAGCCUUCAUCUUCUCUAAAGCAGAAGAGAGCACAACAACCUCCCCUCGCAGUUCUCCCCUGGUCUCCCCCUUCUCUCGGGCUCCUCCCUCCCCCAUCUUCCAGGCCAUGUCUCCCCCCACGAGCCCUGAUUUCCGCCCUGUCACAUCUCCGCAAAGGCCCAGAGCCCCCAUGUCACCGCCCACAUCACCACUUCGCCCUGCCCCUCCAGUCUCAGCCCUGCCCAGCAUUCCACAAACUAACAACCGAGUUCAGGCUGUUGUUGAGCCCAAACCCCCAUCACCCACACAACCUUCUGCACCUCCGGCCUCCCCUAGUCUCUUGGCUUCCUUGUCCCCUAGUUUAGUAAAAAACAACCCCUCUCAGUCACAUCCAGAGGCCCUGCCCGCCUCGCCCCCAAAUACCCCAACCCAGCCAGAGCACUCAACUUUCUGCUUCGAGUCUCCACAGGCUCCAAUGGCUCCUCUUCCAGAGAGACCACAGCUAAACACAGCAGACCUCAACACAGCCACUCUUGUGCACAGUGAGCUGGUUUCUGACACUGGCUACAAAGUACAGGCUGUACUGGUAGAGGAGGAUGAGGAAGAGGAUGUAGAGGAGCAUGAGGAAGAUAUAGCUGAAACACAACCACAGCCUUGUGCUGUUACCACAGAACCACUCCAGAGUGAGUCAGAGGAGCAGGAGCAAGAGGAGGAGGAAAAGGAGGAGGAGAAGGAGGAUUUGGAGGAGAAGGAGGGAUUAAUACAGGAAGCUAAGCCGGCAUCACUGGAGGAGCCAGUGGAGGUGUUGCAGGAGGAAGAGGAGAUAAAGGAAGAUGGACAGGAGAAUGACCAAUCAGAAGACAAUCAGGCCUCUGCUGAGCUUUCAGAGAAAGAGGAAGAGUCAGCAGUCACAGAUGCCGAACCAAUUUGUCAAGAAAUGAAACAUGAGACUCUCGUCCUGUCAACCAAUGGCAUCACAAAUAGAGAAGACACACGAGAACAGAAUGGCAUAGAGAGAUCUUUGAGUCCAUCUGACACAGAACUCAGCUCACCGGAGAUGGCUGUGUGCUACGGUCUUCAUGGCACUGCAGAGGAGGAUGAUGUCGUUGAGGAUAAGGAACAGGAGAUCUCAGAAAAUGGACAAGAAGUUUUAGCCGAGCGACAAAUGUGUGUCCGAGCUCUGUAUGACUACCAAGCAGAGGAUGAAUCUGAGAUCUCCUUUGAACCUGGUGACAUCAUCACGGACGUGGAAACGGUGGACAAGGCCUGGUGGAGGGGGUGGAACAAAGAUGGCCGUCAAGGCUUGUUCCCUGCCAAUUAUGUGGAGACCAUAUAGGCAAACAGAGACACACUAGCGCACACACACACACACACACACACACACACACACACACACACACACACACACACACACUCAGGGACACCAUCUCCCCUCACUUUUGUGCAUGUUUUUACCUUAAUCCUCCCACUGAAACUUUGUACUCUCUAUUUUGUAGAAAGGAUAAAGAAAAAUGUGACUUCCUAUUUUGUAGAAAGCAUAAAGAAAAGUGUGACAAUCUAUUUUGAUGUUUUUUUGAGAAAAACUAAGUAUUCUAACAAGUAUGCAGAAAUUACCCAGCCUCAUUUUCUUGGAUAAAAUAGCGGAGACCUUUUCCUGGACCAAAAUAACUUAUUUCCUUUUGAGAUACAGCAGGAAUGUUGGUGGGAGGGAUCAGAUCACAAUGACAAAUGAUCACAAACUUGCUUUUCUUGUAAGAGACACAUACAGAUUUUAAUAGUGUAUAGUCUUCUUUUUGAUCCAUGCAUAUAACAAGCAUUCCAUUCUGCCCACUGUUUACUUUGUAUCUUACAUUGCUAAAAAAUAAUUUACUGCUCUUGACUGGUAUAUAUAAUCAAGAUACACUUAUCAGACAUCAUCUUAUAAUCAUCUUCCUGUAUUUCCUGAGUUGUUUUGUAGCACAGUGUUUGUUACUGACAGUCUCAUAGCACAUUUUAAUUACCCAAACCAGAACAGCAGCAUAACAAACGGUAAACAAGCACUGUGUUUACACCUGUAUUUCUCUAUCACUCUUUAAGACGGGCUAUAUUUUGUUCAUAUGGUGAUCCUUCCAUACAUUUUGUGAUUAUGGCUCAUCUUCAUUUUCACUUUAAGAAAUUAAAGCAUUAUGUUGACACACACGAUACAAUUUUAAUCUUCUGUAAUAUCUUAAUACUAUACACUGUAUAUAAGAAUGUAUAAAAAAAGUCAAAGAUCUUCUCUUUUUCUAUACUUGGCUUGUAUGUUGUAUGCUUGUUUGAUGGAAUGUUCUUUGUAUUUACCCCAAACUUACAAAUAAAUAGCAUCUACAAAUUCAAAAAAUUAAAA